CAAUCAUUCGGGCAGCUGGAGUGCAGAGCUUAAGCUCUUGACAUUCCCGAAGAGGGCGUAGAAAGAAAGGAAGCGGUGGAGGGGAAUAGCCGCAACUCGAUAACAUAAAUCGCCUUGCCAUCGACCCAUCUCGAGCUGCUCUUGGAAGGCAUAUAUGAAAUUGAGAACCACAAGAUGACCAUGAAAGUGACAGCCCUCUAUGUCUACCCAAUCAAGGCCCUCCGCGGGAUUGAAUUAAAGUCAGCCCAAAUCGGGCCGCAGGGGAUCGACUAUGACCGGCGAUUUAUGCUGUACGAGGUGCGCCCAUCAACUGGGGAGCUGAAGAAAAUCCAGCUCGAUUCACAUCCACUCUGCGCCCUGUUCGACCAGCAAAUCGUCCACUUCCCUGGGGAUGGGGAGUCCAGCAUCAUCGUGCGCUUCCUCGGCAUCUGUCCAGCUCAAGGCUCAGCGACCAAUGACGAAGAAAACUCGCUCAAAGUGUCACUAGAACCGGAUACGGGCUCCCUUUCGAGGGUCGAGGUGGUGCUGCACGACAGUCCGGCCUCGGCCUACCGCAUGGGAGACUCGUACGAUGCUUGGUUCAGCCAGCGCCUCGGCGUCCCGACCAUUCUCGUGUACCUUGGCGACGGACGACGAGCCGUGUUGGGCAAGACCCUGCUGCCAAAGCCCAAGCAGCAACAGGAGGGCUGGGUCUCAUCCCUGACCUCUUACAUCACCGGUUCUUUGCAAGGGGCGUCAGACGCGAAAUCAGCCUCGUGGUUGACCUUCUCUGACGUGGCGCCCUUACUUGUGGCAUCCGAGUCGUCGCUGCGGGACGUGCGGAGUCGUUUCUCUGAGGGGGAUCUCAUCGAAAUGUACAGGUUUAGGCCCAAUAUUGUCGUGGAUGGCGAAGGAGAAGAUGCAUGGGCAGAGGAUUUCUGGGCCGAGCUCGCCGUAUCUCCCGCGAAUGGAGACGGCGCCGAGAAGCACGUCCUGCAGCUGACGGGAAAUUGCGUGAGAUGCAUCAGCCUCAACGUGGAUUACGAGACAGGCAAACCGGCGGCUGGCGAGCUGGGAGAGGUCCUGAAGAGACUCAUGAAGGACCGGAGAGUUGAUGCCGGGUCAAAGUGGUCUCCUGUUUUUGGCCGGUACGCUUUCCCGGACUGCUGUCACACCGACGGCUGUACCGUGUCUGUGGGCGACCACGCCGAGGUAACACGACGCAACACUGAGCGGUCGGUUUGGGAUUGGCCAGGGCUGUAACCUCAAAUUGUGAC